AUGGGCACGUGUCAUAGCGGAGGUUGCGCGUGCUUUCCCUCCAACAGAGCAGGCGCGCUCCUGCCGAGAAUUUGCUCGCUGCGUCGCCAUCACGGCUUCCACUCCUUGCACGAAAGUGCACGAUCUCUCCUCACUCUCACACGGACUACCCACUUCACCUCCACCGUGCAUCUGCACUCUCAACCACUCCCGGCCAUAAUCAGGAACAGACUUGUGCCCACGCCAGCCGGAGAUGAGAACGAGGAGCUGCCAUUGAAGACGGUGACCAAGUACAUACCGGCAGAUUCUGACACAAACUUCUCUCUACCGUACACGAUUCCGAAAGACCUCAAUGGCCCAUUUGGUAUCCGAGUCAAGCUUAUGGUGGACGGCAAAUACCUCUUGUACAAGACGCACACCCACAAAGACAUCGCACCAGGGGACUUACAAGCAAAAGUUUCGCUUCUCUGCAUCGACGAAAACGCUGCAGACCUUGACAAGCAACUAUUCGGUCAGCUCAAGAUUGUUGGGGUACUAGCUCUGAAGCUUGAAUUCAUAAACAUCAUCACUAGGGAGCAAUGUAAGCCGAAGCCACCAGGAAAUUUCGAUCCCGCUCAGAAGCUUCCCUUCAUUGGAACACUGCCCGAAAAGAGCUUGAAGGGGGACGCGAGGUCCCAUCAAGCAAGCUUCGAUGCACCAAUAUUCCACAGCGCCUGUGUGCCUAAGGAGGCUGGUUCUAGAGAAGUGUUCCACACAGGAGAGCCGUUCGCCAUCUUUCAAUCCAAAUACCGCUCUCUAGGCAACUGCUUUGAGAGCCCUUCGACUUCUUCCCCGUACACCGACUCCACCACCGCUUUUGCUGCCCCGGCGUGGUCCCAAGGCCAAGGCGAGCUCACAGUAGAAGAGCGCAACGGGGGCUUCGAAUGUUAA